AUGCCAAACCUGCAUAAGGCUGAAGAACUAAAAUUUUGUAUAUUAAAAGUUUUCGGAUACGGCAGAAAAUGUGGGCAUGGUUUUAACUCGCUCCGCUCUUGGACUGUAGACAUCAGGAGUUCCGUAGCCUUGUCACAAACAUCGAAAUUAGAAGAACAACAACAGCCGCCAGUCUCACUCUUCGAACUGCAUAGAAACAAUAUUCCUGAAGGACUGCACAGAAACAAUAUUCUUGAAGAGCUGCAUAAAAGUAAUAUUCCUGAAGACCUGCACAGAAACAAUAUUGCUGAAAAACUGCAUAGAAACAAUAAUCCUGAAAACCUGCAUAGAAACAAUAUUCCUGACCCUGAUAGAAAUAAUAUUCCUGAAGACCUGCAUAGAAACAAUAUUGCUGAAAAACUGCAUAGAAAUAAUACUUUCUGA